CCCUCGCCCUUAGCUCCGGGCUUUCGAGGGAGCGAUCGAGUCUGCAGCUUGGAGCCGUCCGAUCCGUCUGCGCCCCCUUCCAGCACCGUUGCGGAAUCAUGACGGACCGCUCCACUUUCGACACCAACGUGGUCACCCUGACCCGCUUCGUGGUCGAGGAGGGAAGGAAAGCGCGGAGCACCGGGGAGCUCACCCAGCUGCUCAACGCCCUCUGCACCGCUGUCAAAGCCAUCUCCACCGCCGUGCGCAAAGCGGGCAUCGCCAACCUCUAUGGGAUUUCUGGUUCCACCAAUGUGACGGGCGACCAAGUGAAGAAGCUGGAUGUUCUUUCCAAUGACAUGGUGCUCAACAUGCUCAAGUCCUCUUUUACAACUUGUGUGAUUGUAUCAGAAGAAAACAAAGAAGCUGUCAUAGUGGACGCUGAUAAACAAGGUAAAUAUAUUGUCUGCAUAGAUCCACUUGAUGGCUCAUCUAAUAUUGACUGCCUUGUAUCUAUUGGAACCAUUUUUGCCAUCUACAGAAAGGUUUCCACUGGUGCACCUUCUGAGAAAGAUGCUCUGCAGCCUGGACGUAAUCUUGUGGCAGCUGGUUAUACCCUCUAUGGCAGUGCCACAAUGCUUGUUUUGGCUAUGGAGAGUGGUGUCAACUGUUUCAUGCUUGAUCCGGCAAUUGGGGAAUUCAUUUUAGUCAACAAGGAUGUAAAAAUCAAGAAGAAAGGAAAUAUCUACAGUCUCAAUGAGGGAUAUGCUGCUUACUUUGACCCUGCUGUCACAGAAUACCUUAAGAAGAAGAAGUUCCCACAGGAUGGUAGUUCUCCCUAUGGCAGCAGGUACAUAGGUUCCAUGGUCGCUGAUGUGCACCGUACUUUGGUGUAUGGAGGAAUCUUUUUAUAUCCUGCCAACUCAAAGAGCCCCAAGGGAAAGUUGAGGUUACUGUACGAAUGCAACCCCAUGGCGUUUAUCAUUGAGAAGGCUGGAGGACUGGCGACAACAGGAAGGGAGGCAGUCUUGGACAUUGUGCCAGAAAACAUUCACCAGCGUGUGCCUAUUGUCUUGGGGUCUCCAGAUGAUGUGCAGGAAUACAUAGACCUGGUUAAAAAGCAUUCAGCAAAGUGAGGAGGAAAAGGGGGCUGCAACUGCUCUAACUACAGUUUAAAUGCUUUGGACCGAAGACCAUAUUUGUGCAAUACUGCUGACUGUGAAACAAGAUUUUUGUGGUGCAAAAGUGCCACGUCAAGUUUUAUAUACAUAAAAAUAAAUGUGAUACUGUUGCCAUUAAAAGCA